ACGAUCUUGCUGUGCAUCACCGCCGCCCAACGGUUUGUUCUCGUCCGCUUCCCGCGCACAAUUUUAUUGCGCCGCCGUUAACGCUAACAUGUCGUCCGAAACGAAUCGCCGACAGCAACGGCCGUGACCGACCGCUCGCGACAAUGAGUGCUGCGAUGUCGCCGCUCGUUCUGGUACUGGCGUUGCUGCUGACCGCCACCGAUCGGGUUCAGCCCGCGCUCGACGGUGGAUCUGCGGCCAUUCAGCCCGAAGCGGACGCCACGGCCACGGGCGUCUGGUCCAAAUUCGGACUGGUCGUCCAGAAGCACGUGGCCGGCCAGUCGACGCCGCACACCACCGAGACGUCGGGCAUCAUCAUGAGGGUCCCCAACCCCCCGUCCCCCGAUGCCAGCCCGCCCUUAGCGUCUACGCCUGUUAUGCCCACAGCUUUGGGCAAGUCUUGGACCCAGAUAUCCGUCACACACCCUCCGCCGCGACUACCGUCGUCACAUCCGCCGACAAAGUCCGCGACCACGACCACUGCCAAGUCCGUGGUGGCCACCAGCACGCAAGAUGUCCGCCGGGACAUACCGUUCAGGUAUCAGCCGAUAAUGAGCACCACCAAGCCGAUGAUCACCAUUACUUUCCCACCACCCCGCCUGUCCACCGCACGACCGACUGUCGGUACGGAGGAGGUGACCUCUAAACGGGUCAGGCAGUACGAGGACGACGAUGACGACGACGACGACGACGACGAUGACGACGACGAAGAUGAAUACGAAGUGGAUGACGACGAUGAUCACGAGGACAAGGGCGAGGAAGAAGAGAUCGAAGAGAUAGUUGAGGUCCAACACAUCGAUUCUUCCGACAAUUACGGAGACGAGAAGCCGGCGAUCGUCAAAAAGAAACGAAGACGGAAAAAGAAAGGCAAAAAGCACAAGCCGUUCAAGGUGAAGGAUUUCAAAAAACUGAAGAAGUUCAUGUUGCCGCUACUGUUGGCGUACAAACUUAAAUUCUUCACGCUCGUUCCGCUGAUGUUGGGUGGACUGGUGCUGAUCGUAGCUACCACUGGCUUUGCCGGCUUCUUUUUUGCACUGUUCGCGGUUGGCCUAGGUCUCAAGGGACACCACUGAUGGUUCUCCGACCAAAUGGUUUUCCGUGUACAAAACUACGCGUCACAUGGAAGACGUGCAGGGCACAGGGUGAUGACAUUCAUAGUUCUUGUCAGCGGACACCGAAAAGACGAAAAGAAAGGACAACACAAACAAAAAUCGACAAAUAACGACAAGAAAAUAAGUCAACGUUACAAUAAUAUAUUCGUCUUAUAUGCAUUGCAUUUGCCUACAGUCGUUAUCAACCAAUUGGCAUACUAUAUUAUUAUAACAUUAUUUAAUAUCCUUGUAUUGCUCAAGUCCGAUUGUACCUAUACCAAUGACCUGUAUUUACUGUGCAGUAUUCGGGUUUAAAUUCGUUUUCUUUCCUCCCUUAUUCCAUUGAAUUGUUCUUUUCGUAUUUCGAAUUUAUCAAGCUUAAUAUAUAUUUUACACACAUACGACACGUCGAUUGACGUGAAUAUCAAUUUUAAUGCGAAAUUA